AUGCAGAAACAAAACUCCAAUCCAACCAUUUUGCAAGAUUCAUUUGCAAUUGUUUCAACUUCACAGAGUUCGCAGUGUUCUGUAGACGAAGUAAAACCACUCGAAUCACAUUCUUUAUCUGAUUUUUCAGCAUCUGCGCAAAUGAAUUCAGUUUCUUCAUCGAAAAUGCAUGAAACUUUAUCAUUUCAUGCUUCUACGUCAAGAUUUGCCUCAAUUUCUAACCAAACUUUAACUCCUAAGGAAGAAUAUCGGAAAUUGAAGAAACAUUUUUACAAUCUUAUUGCUGAAAAUGAAUUUUAUCAAGAAGAACUACGUCGAUUACAACGAAAACUUUUAAAGUUAUCUCGUGACAAAAAUUUCCUUUUUGAUCGUUAUGCGAUUUAUGCGCCACAUAGCGGUUCAUCUGAUGAUUCGGAUCCGUGUGUUAGCGCUGAUGACCGAGUUACACUGAAAAAAAAACCGAGGCCUCUAACUGUUCGACGUCGUCCGGCGGCAUCGAAACCGAAAUAA